AUUCAGCGGUUUAGUCAUGAAGUUAUGAGUGACAGGGAGCACAAAUUAGAUUUUAAGAAAAUAUAGCUUUAAACUUAUGAGUAAAUCAAACUCCUUCAAAAAACUAUGAUCAGAUGAUCCUUAAACAGUUAGCAACAACAAGGACUUGUGGGAUCGUAAGUGUUUUAGAUAAUUAGCUGUGAACACGUCUUUCCCAAUACUCCACUCAAACACAGCUUCCAGCCAUAAACAGGGAGAAGGGAGAGAAGAAGGGAGGCAGAGGAGGAGAACGCACUCCCAGCAUACAGAAAGAGGGAAAGAAAGAGUUUGAGUGGAGCGAGCUGAGGCUGAGUGUGACAGCACUGAGCACGAGGAGGAGGAAGAGGAGGAGGAGUGGCUGGGAAAUAGAGGCAGACACAGAGAGGAGGGCGGGCUGAGAGCAAGCCAGGGAGGGGAGGGAGCAUCAGAGACGGGAAAAUAGAUGAGAAGGAGAAGUAAAGAGAGAAGCUGAGGAAGUCCAGAGCUCCAAAAGCAGGAGAACACUUCAACAGUCACACCAGCAGUUUUUCUCCCUGCACUGCAGACAUCCAGGCAGGAAGGAGAAGUUUGGCAAACAAGGAGCAAAAGACAAAAAAAGACACAUCAGGAAGAGGUUUUCCUUUUUUGCUGUGGGUUUAGAACUCUCCUAAAGAGGGAAGGGAAACCAAAAGAGGAAAACAAGAGGGGUCCUGCAGCCUCUGAGUGAAGGACGUGAUGGAUUCGGACUCAGGAGAGCAAAGCGAUGGAGACAUCUCUGCAGGACAAGAGAGCUUCAACUCUCGCUCCUUGGCCCUACAAGCCCAGAAAAAGAUCCUCAGCAAGAUGGCCACCAUGGUAGUGGCCAACAUGCUGACAGACGACACCAGCAGUGAGAUCCUGGACGAGCUGUACAAGGUGAGCCGGGAGUUCACCAAGAGCAAGAAAGAGGCUCACAAGAUCAUCAAAGAUGUCAUCAAGAUCUCCCUGAAGAUCGGCAUCUUGUACCGCAACCACCAGUUCAGCCAGGAAGAGCUGGACACAGUGGAGCGCUUUAAGAAGAAGAUGAACCAGGCAGCCAUGACGGCGGUGUCGUUCUACGAGGUGGAGUACACCUUUGACAGGAAUAUUUUGUCGGAGCUCCUGUUGGAGUGCAGAGACCUGCUUCACAGUCUGGUCGAGCAGCACCUGACCGCUCGCUCACACGGGCGCAUUGAUCACGUUUUCAACCAUUUUGCUCAUGGGGAAUUCUUGGCUGAGCUGUACGGGGAUGGAGAGGAGUACAGACUCUCUCUGAGGAAGAUCUGCAAUGGUAUCAACAAACUCCUGGAUGAAGGAACACUUUAACCUUUUCCUUAUGCCUUCUUUUGCGUGUCUUUUUGCUCCAUUUCUUGCUGGUGUGUCCUUCUGUUUCCUUUCCACCUCCCCACCCCACAUCCACUUCCUUUGUCAUUUGACGCUCUCAUCUUCGUCUCUUCCGCAUCUAUUUCUAUUGUGAAGUCCUGCUGCUAUGGUUCAAAGAGAGACUCUUUUUUGACUGUCUCUUCACUCAGUGGACCAUUGCUGCAGACCAGAACCCCCGUAUCUCUCUGUAGGCAUUGUAUGUUCUCUUUUUGUGCAAACAUGUACUGUACCAAUGGCCAAAAAACACACAGUAGGAUCUUUGGAUGUGGAAGAUAAUCAGUCAUAGUUUCUGUUUGUGUGCGUGUUUGCGUGCACAUGCGCACGCGAAUGUGUGAAAUCUGCUUGAGUAAUUUCGUGUAGUGUUUGUAUUGUACACCUGCAGUUUGCCAUGGUGUGUGUCAGUCUUCGAACAAGGGUAUAACAUGUAUCUUUUAUUAAAGAUUUCUUCAAAUCUA